GGUGUAUUCAUUCAUAAAAAAAUAGAGAAAUAAAGAAAAUUGUAUCAAGGACAAAUAAUAAAACAAACUGUUGAAAUUAAACAACUUUCACUAAAUUUUUAGUUUGAAAAAACAGCAAUAAAUUAAUGUUUAAAACUGCUAAUAAACAUGGCUUUUAUACAACAAAUACGCGAUAAGUCUAGUUUUCUAGUGUGCCUCCUACUGGUGGUCUGUUUGUAUGGUGGCCAAUUUUCCUGGGGCUACUUUACUGCAUUCGACAAUUUAGACAGCCACAAAAAUUGUUUUUGUGAGCUGGAAGGUUCCAUUAAUGAUUGCGGCUGUGAAGUGGACACCGUCGAUCAUUUUAAUAACAUAAAAAUCUUUCCACGCCUGAGCAGUUUGCUGGUGAAAAACUUUUUCCGUUUCUAUCGCGUUAAUUUACACCGGGAUUGCCCAUUUUGGCCAGAUGACAGCAAGUGUGCCAUGCGCUUCUGUCAGGUGGAGAAUUGUGAGGAGAAAAGUAUUCCCAAGGGUCUUAUUGAAAAGGGUGAAAAUCAUUUCGUGAAACCUGCUUUGUUUAAGUACACCAAAGAUGCUCAAGCAGCCGGUUGUUCCGAUGCUGAUGAUUUCAAUAGUUUGUUGGGUUUCCUCGACACCAGUAUUAGUGAUCAGGCCCACAAGGAAUUCGAACUGUGGGCCAAACACGACGAAGCCGAAGAAGACUUCUGUAUAGUCGAUGACAAUCAAGAGGGAGCCCAAUAUGUAGACUUACUCAUUAAUCCAGAGCGCUACACCGGCUACAAAGGUGAUUCGGCCCACCGUGUUUGGAAUAGUAUUUAUUUGGAGAAUUGUUUUGGCACACAAAACAAAUCCAAUUCGUUUACGGAAUAUUUAGCUCAAAUAGAUUUGCAUAAAAUGUGUUUGGAACAAAGAGCAUUUUAUCGCAUCAUCUCUGGCCUGCACUCCAGCAUCAAUAUACAUUUGUGCUCAAAGUAUUUGCUGUCGGAAUCCAAAGAUUUUCUAGAUCCUCAGGGUAUAUGGGGAGCUAAUGUGCAGGAAUUCAAAAGAAGAUUUAGUCCAGAGACUACCAAUGGUGAGGGUCCCCAUUGGCUAAGGAAUUUAUAUUUUAUUUAUCUGGUAGAGUUGAGAGCUUUAGCCAAGGCUGCUCCCUAUCUAAGGCGUGAAGAAUACUAUACGGGUAUUGUGGAGGAAGAUCAGGAGACUAAGAUGGCAAUCAAUGAUUUGUUGUCUGUAAUUGAAUCUUUUCCCAAUCAUUUUGAUGAGAAUGCUUUAUUCUCGAACAGCAUACAAGGCAUCAAAUUCAAGCAUGAAUUUAAAGAGAAAUUUAGAAACAUUUCCAGAAUUAUGGAUUGUGUGGGUUGUGAUAAGUGUAAAUUGUGGGGCAAAUUACAGACCCAAGGCUUGGGUACAGCUUUGAAAAUUUUAUAUUCUGAGAAGCUAAAUCAGGCAACGGAAAGUGGUUUGUGGAAUAAACCCCAUAUUGAGGCUGAUCCUAUAUUUAGAUUAACGCGUACUGAAAUUGUGGCAUUAUUUAAUGCAUUUGGAAGACUCUCUAAUAGUAUAGUUGAAAUGGAAAAUUUUAGAAAGUUCUUAAGAUAAUAAAACUAAAUUUGAAUUUCACACAUCUGUAAUCAGCAGCAGGCCCCUUAGGCAAUGUAUACUUAAUGUUUGUACAACAUUUCAACAUUUAUUUAAAUUUUCACUAGUACAAUUAUCCCUUUCUCCGGCCCACAAUUCCUAAUCCUAUUGAAUUUCUUUUUUUUUUGGUAUAGUAUUGUUUAAUAAAAAACAUGUUAAAAACAACAAAAGAAACAUUUACUAUUGUAGAUGUAUUUAAUAAUUAAAGGUUUCCCUACCAACGCUGGCGUAAUUUAAAUUUCCUUUUUUUUUAUAUAGAGAAAAACCUAAAAACCAAACAAAAAUUAUAUUGUAUUAAAGAAAAGAAAUCUAGAACUGUGUAACUUUGUUAAUUGUUUUUUUAUUAUUAUUAUUAAUAUUAAUCUAUAUACACUCUAAGUUUUAGUUUUUAAGAAUAUUUAUUUUUUAUUUUAAAUAAAAAGAAAAACCUCUAAGAAAAUGAGAAAACAAAUUAAAAUAUAUUUGAAUGAUAUUACAAAAUACAGGGUGCAUAUUGAAAAACAAGAAAUAUAUUUAAUAUUUUAAAGAAAA